UGCUGAUUUCGCGUGACAGUGACAUGGAAGCUCCCUUGACGUAAAGUUCUGCAACGACAUCAGCUGUGAAGAAUAAUUAAAAACAUGUCCAAGCGGUCAAUGGUUAAUGACCUUUACAAGACCAGAAAAAGACUUUGCACCACCCCAAGUUCAUCUACCAAUGAAACACCAGAAUUCAAUGAUGGGCUGAAUGGAACAUCGUUCAUUGCGGCAGAAAUACCAUCUGAUACCAAAGUAACCCUUCUCCACUUGAAAGAGGUAUUUCCCUUGGAUAAAUUUGAAGGGAGGCUACCAGUGGUGAUAGUGAAGCAUCAGAUGUACAGUUUGAUGACGGACAGAACCACUGUAGACAAACAUCUAAAUGACUUAAAGCUAGCCAAUGAGAUAAAGAUGUUUAAACUUGGUGCUGAGUUAGACGACUACUGCAUUGUAUUCACUGCAGACUACAGAGACCAUGUGAGAAGGGUGAUGGCCGAACUCUCUAUUAGUAAAAAUGUUUGUAAUAAAUUUGUGAAUACUGUAAUAAGAAAAUAUACCGAUGUCUGCAUUAACAAAGAUACUCUGAUGAAUGACUUCAACUUCACAGACUCAGAAAUUACGCAGCUGGUCAAAGCCUCGGUCCUCACAGUGAGGGGGGUCGGAAACUGGUGGAUUGCACUUCCUAAUGCAGGAAUCUUCAUGAAGUGCUUUCUGCGGGGCAGGAAGGCAAUGCUGACCAUGAUCAGGAAAUGCAAAUACCGAGAAAUUCUACAGAAUGAUCUAGAGCAGAGAAAAUGGCCGAAGCUUUGUAAGCUUGGUCUCCAGUAUCACAUGCAUGAAGCCAUUGGUGCUGAUCUCAUUAAAUGCAUUCAGACUACCUCAGGACAACUGCUACGCCUCAAGGAUACUUAGAUUUGUGAAGGUCACUCGAGAAACUGCAGGGAAUCGUCCAGCACCAUUUGUUUUACUUCAGAAACAGGGUUGUAGUCAAAUUAGGAGGAAAUGAAGAGAUUAGCUCAGCAAAUUAAGAAUAGUCCCUGCUGAUAUUAAUCUGAUGCCAGAUGAUAUUAUUUAUGUUUCACCCAUUGUCUUUCCUGCAUGUCAUAUGUGGUUGGUUUAAGGAGCUCCAUUGUAUGAAUUGUAUUUAAUUAAAUGAAUGUGUAUUUAUUUUAAAAGUACUACAUGUACAUGGAGAGUUUUGGGAUGUCCUCAAUAGAACUUUGCAAAUGGUAAUCUGUAAACCAUUCCAUUCUUUAUUAACUGGAUAUGUGUGAGUGCAAGCAGUGAUUCUCAACUGCUAAAUAGACUACCUGUAGGUUUUGUUUUAAUGGUGGUACUUAUUAAGUAUCUGACUAAUCUUUAUUCUUACAACUUGGGGCAUUAAUAAUGUUCAACAAACACAAUGUUUUCAGAGAUCAAUUUGCGUAUAGAGCAAUGAAUUGUGAGCAAAAUGUCUGUUUUAACACAAUGUUCAUUCUACCUCAGAUAAGGCCAAAAUAAAAUAUUUGUAUGUUUCUGGUUUCCUGACCCUACCUACUUUUUUGCUGCCAACUCUAAAUAUUUUAUUGACAAUAUAUAUAAUUGAAUAAAAAUCUGCAAUUUUCAAACUGGAAUCAUUUUACUUUUCGCAUUUGAGUUUCUCUGAUUUACAUUUUGACUAUUAAUGAUCUUCAAAAUGUUUGAAAAGUAAUUGAAAUAUAUAUACACAUGUAUUCAAAGUGUAUCGAAAACUAAGUUUUGAAGUAAAAUAUUUCAAUCAAAUAAAAUGUUUAACCUACUUACUCUACUAAAUUUUUGGGGGAGUGAAGCAGGAAACACACAUAUAUUUUAUUUUGGCCUAAUGUAGGUUUUGUCUUCAGGGUACAGAAGAAAGAUUUUGGGGUUCUUAUUUAUAUUGUACUUGUUUGAUAUUUUUUUGUCAUCUGUUUGAUGUACAGAGGUUGAAAUAUAUUUUUACAUGUAGCAAUUUGAAUCUGCCAUAUAUUCAAGUAUAUUUUCCAGGUUUUGUUUUAAUGAUUUAUUUAUAUGUAGUGCAAGGUGCAUAUAAUGCAAAGUAAGGGUACAAAAUCACUUGACUCUUUAUGUUUAAUACAUUUUCUGUCUGAUUUUGGCAAUAAUUGUGUCAACUGAAGUAGUGAAGUACAUCUAGAUGUAUGUCAUCAGCCAUUAAUUCCCUUUUCUAUGAUAAUAUUUGAAAAGAAAAAAAUCAUAAAUUUGAUAGUAUGAUUACAAAUUUAGUUUAUUAAUAGAAUGAUUAAGAUUUCAUUAAUGAAUGAAUAUUAUAUUACAUCUUUUUUUUUCUAAUAAAUAUUUACAAAA